CUGAUGUCCGGAGCAUCCACUAUAGGUCAACUGUCUAGAACCCUGCAGAAUAGUAAUAUCUCUGUCCUUGAGAGCAUAGGCGCCAGAAGAAUUGCUCUUUGGCAAUCCAGUCCAGGUAUGUGCUUGAAUUGAUUUCUCAUGCAUACUUAGACAAUUCAUGAGCAGAAUUGAUACUAUGAGGUAUAUGUGAAACAAUCGAUAGCCUUAAACUGACAAUAACCACAGUAUCCCGAAACAGAAGUACCUUAAUAGUACACUCGCGGCAUGUACCUUUGAGGCCUAUCUCCUUCAAGCCAGCAUCUUCAAAUUUCUCACAUACACUAGCUGCAGUCAAAAUGAGUGACACAAAAGCGCCAUUGCGAUAUGUUGAUAUUGGAAUAAAUCUUGGUGACCCUGUUUUCAGGGGCAAUUAUCAUGGAAAGCAGGCCCACGACGACGAUCUAGAUGAUAUUAUCCAACGUGCUCGUGAUGUGGGUUGCCAGAAAUUCAUGGUCACCGGUUCAGAUCUAGUAGAGUCUCGCCAUGCUGUCCAGCUGGCUACUAAAUAUCCGGGUUUCUGUUAUGCAACAAUUGGAGUUCAUCCUUGCCAGGCAAAGGAGUUUGAUGCGUUCUCCGGCGGUCCCUCGAAACUCCUUGAUGAGCUCAAGACUCUUGCAACUGAGGCAAAACAAUCCGGCAAUGCGGUAGCCUUUGGUGAAAUUGGAUUGGACUAUGAUCGGUUAUUCUUGAGCCCCAAAGAACAGCAACUCAAGUACUUCGAGGCUCAAUUAGAUCUUGCAGUGGAAAUACAACUCCCUCUUUUUCUCCAUUCUCGGGCUGCCAGCGAGGAUUUCGAAAGACUACUUGCUCCGAGACUCCCUAAACUUCCCAAGAAGGGCCUGGUGCAUAGUUUUACUGGAACUCUGGAUGAAAUGAAUCGAUUGGUCGCCCUUGGUCUUGAUAUCGGUGUAAAUGGCUGCAGCAUGAAGACAGAAGAAAAUCUGGAAGUUGUCAAGGCAAUUCCUUUGGAACGACUUCAGAUUGAGACAGAUGGUCCUUGGUGUGAAAUUCGCCCAUCCCACGCGUCAUCUAAAUAUCUUGAAGGAGCCCCAGCUCUACCAAAAGCUGUCAAGAAGGAAAAAUGGCAGAAAGGAUGUAUGGUGAAAGGUAGAAAUGAGCCCGCAGCCAUAGCCCAUGUCGCCCAUGUAAUUGCUCGUGUGAAGGGGAUUUCCGUUGAAGAGGUUUGCGAAGCCGCCUGGAAUAAUUCGGUUGGGAUGUUUGGGCUUGGGGAAGAGACGCCGUAGCUUGGCUCUCUCUUUCCUAUUUCAUGGCAGACAGUGCUCCUGGAGUUCUCGCUUCAAAGAGUAUUGUGAUCUUUGCUGAUGCAAGGAGGCCUAUGAUGUGCUCAGGAAAUUUACCUAAAAUGUCAUCAUUUCGAUAUUACAACAAUAGAUAGCCAGGAGUUAGGAACGAG